AUGAGGAACCCUCCCACUGUGACGAGGCACUGUCAGCACUGGUACACUCUCAGUAUUGGGUGGUCCCAAAUCCAAUGCAAUCUCCAUAUUCUUGGCCAUGCCCUGAAGGCCGAUGUCCAAAUACGCAAGCAAAUCCUGACAAGUGAAGCCUUGGACGGGGUCAGCACUAAACGACCACUCGAUGGUGCAGCUCAGCCACCUGUCCUUUGGGUCCAUCUCCACCAGCCUCUCGUGACACCACCGUACUCCGCCGCCGUCCGUGGAGGCGCAGUAGCGGAUCCCUCGACCGGCCGACACGUGUCGAUGGUAGGCAGCCACUUGUGGAGGGAGAAGAAAUCCUCUAGGAGUGGCCACACCUCAUCUGCCGUAGGACCGCGCAAUUUCGCCCUUGCUGUGCCCUUCCAUUUCACCUCCUCACUGUUGGAACCCAUUUUAUUUUGGAACCACCUGGGGUUUUUUAGUCUGCACAGAAAAUUAAUGCUUUGGUGGAUGGAUGAGACAUAA